AUGACAGACCACUCUACACUCUUGCUCAAAAAGCAGCUCAAAGAGCUUACCAAGCGCCCGGUCGAGGGUUUCUCUGCUGGCCUUGUCGACGACAACAAUAUUUUUGAGUGGGAGAUCAUGAUCAUGGGCCCACACGACACUCUCUAUGAGGGCGGCUUCUUCAGGGCCAUCAUGACCUUCCCAACGGAAUAUCCUCUCAUGCCCCCAAAGAUGCGCUUCACAACCGAUAUUUACCACCCCAAUGUCUACCCCAACGGCGAGGUGUGCAUUUCCAUCUUGCACCCUCCAGGUGAGGACAAGUACGGUUACGAGCAGGCGAGCGAGCGUUGGUCCCCAGUCCACACCGUCGAGACCAUCCUGAUCAGUGUCAUCUCGAUGUUGUCCAGCCCCAACGACGAGAGUCCAGCCAACAUUGAGGCCGCAAAAGAGUGGCGCGAGAACUAUCCGUCGUACAAGAAGAAGGUUCAGCGCAUUGCAAGACGCUCGGCGGAGGAAAUGUAA